GCACCGGGCGCCCGAGCUUUGUGUGCGCCCGCGGGCCCGGGGCGAGCCUGGGGCGGCCCGUCUGCGCGGCUCUCGGCCGGCUCCCCAGCGGGCGUUGUGAGGCGGGGCUGGGUAGAGGAGGCGCUUGGUGGGGGCGUGGGGCUCCCCGGCGGGCGGGAGGGACCGAGCUAGCCGCGCUGGACAAUGAGCCCGGCCGCUGGACGCUGCGGCCGCUUAUAGGAGGACGCGGGAGGGCCGGCGCCUCCGCGGCUCCGCGGCUCCACCUGCGAGGAGAGGGCGGGAUGCCAGAGCCAGGUGUCCCGGCGCUAUAAAGGCCCCUCGCGGCCAGGCGUUUCGGAGUUGGUUCUCGCGUGGGCGCUGGGCUACCUGCAGGCUUUGGCUGGGACGUGUGUUUGCGGGGAACCCUCGGAGCCGCCGCGAUGGCCAGCACCAGGAGCAUUGAGCUGGAGCACUUUGAGGAACGGGACAAAAGGCCGCGGCCCGGGUCGCGGAGAGGGGCGCCCAGCUCGUCCGGGGGCAGCAGCAGCUCGGGCCCCAAGGGGAACGGGCUCAUCCCCAGCCCGGCGCACAGUGCCCACUGCAGCUUCUACCGCACGCGGACCCUGCAGGCCCUGAGCUCCGAGAAGAAGGCCAAGAAGGCUCGCUUCUACCGGAAUGGGGACCGCUACUUCAAGGGCCUGGUGUUUGCCAUCUCCAGCGACCGCUUCCGGUCCUUCGACGCGCUGCUCAUGGAGCUCACCCGCUCCCUGUCAGACAACGUGAACCUGCCCCAGGGCGUCCGCACCAUCUACACCAUCGACGGCAGCAGAAAGGUCACCAGCCUGGACGAGCUGCUGGAAGGUGAGAGUUACGUGUGUGCAUCGAACGAACCAUUUCGUAAAGUUGAUUACACCAAAAACAUUAAUCCGAACUGGUCUGUGAACAUCAAGGGUGGGACCGCCCGAGCCUCGGCUGCUCCCACCUCGGUGAAAAGUGAAGUGAAGGAAAGUAAAGAUUUCAUCAAACCCAAGCUGGUGACUGUGAUUCGAAGCGGAGUGAAGCCUAGAAAAGCCGUGCGGAUUCUUCUGAAUAAGAAGACCGCUCAUUCCUUUGAACAAGUCUUAACCGAUAUCACCGAAGCCAUUAAACUAGACUCAGGAGUGGUCAAGAGGCUCUGCACCCUGGACGGAAAGCAGGUUACUUGCCUGCAAGACUUUUUUGGUGAUGAUGAUGUUUUUAUUGCAUGUGGACCUGAAAAAUUCCGUUAUGCCCAAGAUGACUUUGUCCUGGAUCACAGCGAAUGCCGUGUCUUGAAGUCAUCGUAUUCUCGCUCCUCAGCUAAGUACUCUGGAUCCAAGAGCCCUGGGCCCUCUCGUCGCAGCAAGUCACCAGCCUCAGUUAAUGGAACUCCCAGCAGCCAGCUCUCCACCCCUAAAUCUACGAAAUCCUCCAGUUCCUCUCCAACUAGCCCAGGAAGUCUCAGAGGAUUAAAGCAGAUUUCUGCACAUGGCAGAUCUUCUUCCAACAUAAAUGGCGGGCCUGAACUUGAUCGUUGCCUGAGUCCCGAAGGCAUAAAUGGAAACAGGUGCAUUGAAUCUUCAACUCUUCUUGAGAAGUACAGAAUUGGAAAGGUUAUUGGUGAUGGCAAUUUUGCAGUAGUCAAAGAGUGCAUGGACAGGUCCACCGGAAAGGAGUUUGCCCUGAAGAUUAUAGACAAAGCCAAAUGUUGUGGAAAGGAGCACCUGAUCGAGAAUGAAGUGUCCAUCCUGCGCCAAGUGAAACACCCGAACAUCAUCAUGCUGGUGGAGGAGAUGGAAACGGCCACCGAGCUCUUCCUGGUGAUGGAAUUGGUCAAGGGUGGAGACCUCUUUGAUGCAAUUACCUCUUCAACCAAGUACACGGAGCGGGACGGCAGUGCCAUGGUGUACAACCUGGCCAGCGCCCUCCGGUACCUGCACGGCCUCAGCAUUGUGCACAGGGACAUCAAGCCGGAAAACCUCCUGGUGUGCGAGUAUCCCGAUGGAACCAAGUCUUUGAAACUGGGCGACUUCGGGCUGGCCACCGUGGUGGAAGGGCCCUUGUACACCGUCUGCGGCACACCAACCUACGUGGCUCCAGAAAUCAUUGCUGAAACCGGCUAUGGCCUGAAGGUGGACAUUUGGGCAGCAGGCGUGAUCACGUACAUACUUCUCUGCGGAUUCCCGCCGUUCCGAAGCGAGAACAAUCUUCAGGAAGACCUCUUCGACCAGAUCCUGGCCGGGAAGCUCGAGUUCCCAGCCCCCUACUGGGAUAACAUCACGGACUCCGCAAAGGAAUUAAUCAGCCAGAUGCUUCAGGUCAACGUGGAAGCGCGGUGUACUGCGGGACAAAUCCUGAGCCACCCCUGGGUGUCGGAUGACGCCUCCCAGGAGAAUAAUAUGCAGGCUGAAGUGACAGGUAAACUAAAACAGCACUUUAAUAACGCGCUCCCCAAACAGAACAGCACCACCACCGGGGUCUCCGUGAUCAUGAACACGGCUCUAGAUAAGGAGGGCCAGAUCUUCUGCAGCAAACACGGUCAGGACGGCGGCCGGUCCAGCACGGAGCUCGCCUCUCCAGUUCCUCCCUCCGCCCAGGAGCCCCCUGGCGCCCCGGAAUCUCCCCCGCGCCCCUGCUCCCCCACCCCGGGCUGGGAGCGCGCAGGGACCUGGCGCCGCCACCGGGACUGACCCCUGCACCUUCCUCUGCGGGCCGCUGCCCGGGCUCCCACCGCGGCUGCCUGGCUCCCACCUGCUCUGCCCUCGGUGCCUGGGGCGGCAGAGGCAGCGUCGGCGGUGGCGACCUGUUCGGAGCGGCUUGUUUUAAAUGAUCUGCAUUUCAGUUCAAUGGACGUUUUACAGCGUCACCAGAAUGUGCAACUUUUUUCCAGCAUUUAAUGCAUUUUUAUAGAAACACUUUAGAUGAGCCAAGACCUCUCCCUUAUUUAAGGAGCUCAGAGUAACUCCGAGCGCCCCUUUCUUACCGAGAACUUGGGGCGCGUUUGUCCCGGGUGGGGUCCUGGGAGGUGCCGGAGCCUUCCCUGCUGCCGGCGGAGGACUGGCUUUCCGCGGAGACUCAGCGGGAGGACAGGGCCAUGGGACAGGCCCCGCGCAGCGCGGGGCUGGGCUCGCGGAAGACAACACUGGGUAUUUAUUUGUACACAGACCCCGGGGAGGUGCCUUUCUUCCCUGGACAUUGUGUGUUUCCCCACCACUCUUCCCUCGUAUGACUUGAAAACACUAAUAAAGUUGGCCUCGGGCUUUAGAAUGAAAGGCCUGGCGCACGCGGCAUCACGGCCUCCGCACCAGGAGCGGGACAAACCGGGCGUCCUGAGCGGCCCGGCCUCCUCCUGUCACCUGCGACCCCUCCGGAGCCCGGACAGCUGCCGGCCCAGGGCACAGGCAGGACCGGGCGGAGGUGCCCGCAGACCCCUCUGUUACUAACCUCCUGGAAGGCUGCUGGCAGUUUUUCCUCGUUUUCCACCACCUGCUCUUUUUAAUAAUUGUACAUAAGCCGUGUAUUUGUUUUACCUGCUUCUCUUCUAACCUGGUGGGCCCUGUAGUUCCUUCGCAUUGUUAGACUUUCGCCUCCUUCCUGCAAUAAACUCUUCCUUACUGAGAAAAACUUGGGGUGGGCA